AGAGAAAAAAAAAUUCCCAUAAAAAUCGAGUCUUUAAUCCUCUCCAUAGGCCGCAAAGCCCAUUCCUUCCUUCCUCUCUUCCUCCUCUCUCUCUCUCCCCAACACGCACCGCCGCGUCCGCCCCCUCUUCGCCGUCGCCCGGCCGGUCGGCUCCGAUGGGGUACGUGCUGUCGGCGGUGGCGAGGGUGCUGGAGCAGCCGACGGCGUGGGGGGCGGCCUGGGAAAUGGCCCUCCUCGCGGGGCCGCUCUGGGCGGCUGCCCUCAUCGGGCUCCUGCUCGGCUGGGCCUGGCGCCCGCACUGGGCAGCCGGACUCGUCGCCACUGCCGAAGGCCGCCACCACGCCCCGGCGCCGGCGCCGUCCUUCGCCACGCUCGACUUCUGGAGGGCCCAGCUCCCCGCCCGCCUCCGCGCCCCGCUCGGCUACGCCGGCGCCGCCGGAACCGCCGUGCAGCAGCGGGAGGAGGAGGAGGCCGCCGUGCAAGGGUCGUCGGAGAUGGCGAACGAGGAGCUGGCGGUGGGGAAGGAUGACUUGGUCAACCUCUGGAGGCUGGUGGAGGGCAGGGACGGCGGCCCGGCCUGGAUCAAGAUGAUGGAGAAGUCGUUGCCCACCAUGACCUACCAGGCAUGGAGGAGGGAUGCUCAGACUGGACCCCCGCAAUAUCAGAGUAGUUCUAUCUUUGAAAACGCAACUCCGGAGGAAGUGAGGGACUUCUUUGGGGAUGAUGAGUUCCGGAUAUCCAACAAGUGGGAUGAUAUGCUUAUCUAUCAUAAGACCUUGGAAGAGUGUCAGACAACCGGGAUGAUGAAAGUGCAUUGGGUCCGGAAGUUCCCCUUCUUCUGCAGUGAUAGGGAGUACAUAAUUGUUCGUCGGAUAUGGAAAUUGCGGGGUGCAUACUAUUGUGUUACAAAGGGUAUACCAUGCUCAUCCAUCCCACGGCGUGACAAACCUCGAAGAGUUGAUUUGUAUUAUUCAAGCUGGUGCAUCCGUGCAGUGGAAUCAAAGAGAGGGAACAACGGUGGAUUGACAGCUUGUGAGAUUCUCCUGUUCCACCACGAAGACAUGGGUAUCCCGUAUGAGAUUGCAAAACUUGGGAUUCGGCAGGGGAUGUGGGGAUGUGUAAAGCGAAUUGAACCUGGACUUCGGGCCUAUCAGAAAAGCAGGGCUGCUGGCGAGCCAUUGUCUCAGAGUGCUUUGAUGGCCCAAAUGAACACUAAGGUUGGCGACAGAUUUGUUCGAUCAUUGGAGUCCGACAGUGAUGAAUCAGAAAUCGUUGAAGCAGAAGAGAAACCUGCGAGAAACCAUGUGGCGAGGCUCCUUGUGCUUGGCGGGGCAGUGGCUCUGGCUUGUACUCUUGAUCAAGGGCUCUUGACAAAGGCACUCAUCUUUGGUGUUGCGAGGAAAUUCGUGGGGCAGAGGAAGACAUUGUAGCAUCUGAUCUGUCUCAGUGUCCUCCGCUUGGCCAAUGUGCUUAUUGGACUCAGCCUGAUUCACCGUCUUGGAGCGAAGGAAAGAGGGCGAUUCAAUCGCUGGCUGGGGCAGAUGCCAUUGAGACUGAAGAGCCGAUGAAGACCAUUUCGAUGUACAGAUGCUGCCGGCUGUCGAAUGAUGAGAAAGAGAGGCAAUAGAGUAAACAUUGUAGCUUUACAUUUGGAAAAGGAAUGCCAACUAUAUAUAUAAUUUUGUUCCAUGUAAUCUUCUAUCUCAGACCAAACCAGAGGAAUGCAGAUCAAAAGAACAAAAAAAUUUCCGUUA